UGUCAUUCUGUUGAGAUAUUUAUACUCUCUCUGUUGGGUUGCUCAGAUGUGUCCUGUCAUGUCCUGGCUGAUGUGCCUGUGCCUCUGGGUCAGUGUGACUGCCAUUCAGCUGUGUCAGGCCACUUUCUACGACACCAUCCAAACGCACCAUGGGACGCGGCCUGGUCGAACCACCAUUCACAUGAUCGAGGGAGGCACGUGUGAAGUAGUGGCUGCUCACCGAUGCUGUAAUAAGAAUCGUAUUGAGGAGCGGUCACAGACGGUCAAGUGUUCCUGUCUGCCGGGGAAGGUGGCGGGAACCACGAGGAACCGACCUUCAUGUGUCGACGCAUCCAUAGUAAUUGGGAAGUGGUGGUGUGAGAUGGAGCCUUGCCUGGAGGGGGAGGAAUGCAAGACGCUCCCUGACAACUCAGGCUGGAUGUGUUACGCCGGCAACAAGAUCAAAACCACAAGGAACACUCAGCCAUACACAACAUCAACAUAUUAACAGAUUGCAGAAAGGACUCGAGGGAACGCCUUUGGUGGAAAAGUUAAUCAGCAGCACUGUCACAGGACCAAUUAUCACAAAGACAAUGAACUUAUUGUUGCAUUAUGAAAUGUGAACACUUCUCAGAUUAAAGUGUAAAAAGCUGUAGAAUACAUAAAGCACAUCCUGCUCAAGGCUUCUGAAAAUACUGACGCUCCAAGAUGCCCGCGGGGAACUUCAUCGUAACCUUGUAAUGAAUAUAUUUUCAUCAUUUCUUUCAAACUUUGAGAUGGAACGUGAAUGUCUGUGCAUUUGGAUUAAUAUCAGAAGAGCAUCUGACGCCUCUCCUCAGAUAUCAAUAAGACAGAUAAUCACUAUGAAGCGCCAACACGGAGAGGAAUACAUCAAAGGACAUGGGACGAGCAAGAACAGUAGUCGACAGCCCUCAGGUUUUUCUUUUUUAUUGUAAAGGGGAAAAAUAUUGUACAUAAAAUGUUUGUCCUUUUCUUGUCUACAUGAACUUUAUGAUGGAAAAAGAUCACUGAAAUACCUGAAUGCAUUCUUGAUAUUCCCUCUUGUUACCCACAAAACCCAACACCACCAAAGUGUGAUGAGUUUAAGGACAUGAUAUUAAGAUAAAACAGAGGCAUUGUUAGUAAGACGUUUCACAAAUACAGCUUGUGUGUCUUGAUUCUGUACAGUUUAUCAUUUUGUUUGUAUGGUUCUUGUAUGCCUUUAAAUCACCUCUUAAAAUGGCUAUACCAGUCGAAAUUGGUAACAUGUCAGCUACACUCGAAAUGAUUGAUUCACCAAAAAUGUGAUACCAGUACUGUAGGUUGUUUUCGAUACUUGAAAUGCCUUAUUUGUGUCAAAUCAUUCAAAUGAUGAUAUUGUAAAUAUGAAGCCAUUAACUGAGAUGUGCUGAAGUUUCAUUAAAGUCAA